AUGUAUAAAAAUGAUUAAUUAUUAAUCAAAGCUUAAAGCAAGGAUAAUAGUCCUAGUUUUAAACUUAAGCUACCUCAACUAACAAAAAGUCCAUAUAUCAAAUAGAAUAAUUACAUACCAAGUCAAAGAUCAAAAAACCAAUCGCCUUUUCAAAAAUAAAGUAGCAAAGGAAGAUCAAUUUCAAACAAGAUCUCAAACAAUUCUCUAGAAGUAUCUACACACAUUAGCACUCAAGAAAGAAUCAAAACCAACAAUUUUAACAAAAAAUCCAUAUUACAAAUUGACAGUUUGAUGGAUAAAUUUAGUAUGAAUGCUGGAUUUGAUUAAUAAUACAAAUACUUAGAUUAAUUGGAAAAAUAAAGCUCUAUCUUAGUCCACAAUUACUUAUAAAUUCAUCAGCAAAUGAUUAACCAAAGAAAUCGAAUUCACUAUCCUAAAAAAUGA